UAGGGCCAGGCGGGCUCUCAGGAGCGCGCGGGGCGGCGGCGGCGCGGAGGAGCCAUCCGCGCUCGUGCCCGCGCGGGUGCGUUGCCGCCCUGGCCGCGCCCCUGCCCCGCCGCCUCCCGCUCCUCGCCUGGCGGAUGUAGGUUGUUGGCCUGAGGGGAGCUGCGUAGUCGAGGUUUGCGCUGCCGCCGCCAGGCCCGGUCCGGUUCCAGCCUCUGCCCGGACGCUAGCCGGCCUGGCCAUGGCUGACCGCGGGUGCCCGCUGGAGGCGGCGCCGCUGCCUGCCGAGGUGCGGGAGAGCCUGGCUGAGCUGGAGCUGGAGCUGUCGGAAGGUGACAUCACUCAAAAAGGAUAUGAAAAGAAAAGGGCAAAGCUGCUUGCGCGUUAUAUACCGCUUAUUCAAGGAAUAGACCCAUCUCUGCAAGCAGAGAAUAGAAUUCCUGGGCCCUCACAAACCACAGCCGCUGCACCCAAGCAGCAGAAGUCUCGGCCCACCACCUCGAGGGAUGAGCGCUUCCGGUCAGAUGUCCACACUGAAGCUGUGCAAGCAGCUUUGGCCAAAUACAAAGAGAGGAAGAUGCCUAUGCCUUCGAAGAGACGUUCUGUCCUCGUGCAUUCGUCUGUGGAAACCUACACCCCUCCAGACACGUCGUCUGCCUCAGAAGAUGAGGGCUCUUUACGGCGACCCGGGCGACUCACCUCCACUCCGCUCCAGAGCCAUUCCAGUGUCGAGCCCUGGCUCGACCAGGUCAUUCAGGGCUCGUCCACCUCAUCCUCUGCAUCCUCCACUUCAUCUCACCCGGGAGGGAGACCCACCACUGCUCCCAGUGCUGCAGCCACGCCGGGGGCCGCCGCUACCACUGCACUCGCAGGCCUCGAGGCCCACACCCACAUAGCAGAUCUGCAUUCUGCCCCUCCUGAUGUCACCACGGGCCUCGUGGAGCAUUCGUACUUUGAGCGUCCACAGGUGGCUUCUGUGAGAAGUGUUCCUCGGGGGUGCAGCGGGAGCAUGCUGGAAACAGCAGAUGGUGUCCCUGUGAACAGCAGAGUGUCCUCCAAAAUCCAGCAGCUUCUGAACACCCUGAAGAGGCCAAAGCGCCCUCCACUGAAGGAGUUCUUUGUGGAUGAUUUUGAGGAAUUGUUGGAAGUUCAGCAACCGGAUCCAAAUCAGCUGAAGCCUGAGGGAAGCGAGACGAGUGUGCUGAGAGGGGAGCCUCUCACUGCAGGUGUCCUCCGACCACCGUCACUGUUGGCCACCUUGCAGCGCUGGGGCACCACACAGCCCAAAUCCCCCUGUCUGACUGCCUUGGAUACAACUGGGAAAGCCACCUACACUCUCACCUAUGGUAAACUUUGGAGUCGGAGUUUAAAACUAGCUUAUACUCUACUUAAUAAACUGACAAGUAAGAAUGAACCUCUACUUAAACCUGGAGACAGAGUGGCGCUCGUGUUUCCGAAUAGUGACCCUGUGAUGUUCAUGGUUGCAUUUUAUGGGUGUCUCCUGGCAGAGCUGGUUCCUGUCCCCAUAGAAGUGCCAUUAACGAGAAAGGACGCAGGCAGCCAGCAGGUUGGGUUUCUGCUGGGCAGCUGUGGAGUCUCCUUGGCCCUGACCACAGACGCUUGUCAGAAAGGCCUCCCCAAGGCACAGACGGGAGAGGUGGCAGCUUUCAAAGGUUGGCCCCCCCUCUCCUGGCUAGUGAUUGAUGGGAAGCAUCUAGCCAAGCCCCCCAAGGACUGGCACCCUCUGGCCCAGGACACAGGGACUGGGACCGCCUACAUUGAGUAUAAAACCAGCAAAGAAGGCAGUACGGUGGGGGUCACAGUGUCCCACGCAUCCCUGCUGGCGCAGUGCUGGGCUCUGACCCAGGCGUGCGGGUACUCAGAAGCUGAAACAUUAACAAAUGUGCUGGAUUUCAAAAGGGAUGCUGGUCUGUGGCAUGGAGUGUUAACAAGCGUCAUGAACAGGAUGCACGUGGUCAGCGUCCCCUACGCGCUGAUGAAGGCGAACCCGCUCUCCUGGAUCCAGAAAGUGUGCUUCUAUAAAGCUCGGGCCGCGCUGGUGAAGUCGCGAGACAUGCACUGGUCUCUCCUAGCUCAGCGGGGCCAGAGGGACGUCAGCCUCAGCUCACUGCGCAUGCUGAUUGUGGCCGAUGGCGCCAACCCGUGGUCGAUCUCCUCCUGCGACGCCUUCCUCAACGUCUUCCAGUCCAGAGGUCUGAGGCCGGAGGUCAUCUGUCCUUGUGCAAGUUCUCCUGAGGCGCUGACUGUCGCCAUCCGCAGGCCACCUGAUCUGGGAGGACCACCUCCAAGAAAAGCGGUCCUGUCGAUGAAUGGUCUAAGUUAUGGUGUUAUCAGAGUGGAUACUGAAGAAAAGUUGUCAGUCCUUACUGUUCAGGACGUUGGUCAGGUGAUGCCUGGAGAUAGCAAUCAUUGGGGUGUCACUUAUUUACAUCAUGGGGAAAAUACAGCUAAUGUAUGUGUUGUGAAGUUAGAAGGUACCCCUUAUCUUUGUAAAACUGAUGAAGUGGGAGAAAUAUGCGUCAAUUCCAGUGCAACUGGCACAGCGUACUAUGGAUUGCUUGGAAUCACGAAGAAUGUGUUUGAGGCAGUUCCGGUCACCACAGGAGGAGCACCCAUCUUUGACAGGCCAUUCACCAGGACGGGCCUGCUGGGCUUCAUUGGGCCUGACAACCUGGUCUUCAUCGUGGGCAAACUGGACGGGCUGAUGGUCACUGGAGUUCGCAGACACAAUGCAGAUGACGUUGUGGCCACCGCGCUGGCCGUGGAGCCUAUGAAGUUUGUCUACAGAGGCAGAAUCGCUGUGUUCUCUGUGACUGUGCUGCAUGAUGACCGGAUUGUCCUGGUGGCUGAGCAGCGGCCAGAUGCUUCGGAGGAGGACAGCUUCCAGUGGAUGAGCCGUGUGCUGCAGGCCAUCGAUAGCAUCCACCAGGUGGGCGUGUACUGUCUGGCCCUGGUUCCUGCCAACACCUUGCCCAAGGCUCCUCUCGGAGGGAUUCACAUUUCUGAAACCAAACAGCGGUUUCUGGAAGGGACACUGCACCCGUGUAAUGUGCUGAUGUGCCCUCACACCUGUGUUACCAACCUCCCCAAACCUCGUCAGAAACAACCAGAGGUUGGACCAGCCUCAAUGAUCGUGGGGAACCUGGUUGCUGGGAAGAGAAUCGCUCAGGCUUCCGGGAGAGAGCUCGCCCACCUGGAGGACAGCGACCAGGCACGGAAGUUCCUGUUCCUGGCUGACGUGCUGCAGUGGCGUGCCCACACCACUCCCGACCACCCGCUGUUCUUGCUGCUGAAUGCCAAGGGCACCGUCACAAGCACUGCAACCUGUGUCCAGCUGCACAAAAGGGCUGAGAGAGUGGCCGCGGCUCUGAUGGAGAAGGGAAGACUGAGUGUUGGGGACCAUGUGGCUCUGGUCUACCCACCAGGGGUGGACCUCAUUGCCGCGUUCUAUGGCUGCUUGUACUGUGGCUGCGUGCCUGUCACCGUGCGGCCCCCGCACCCUCAGAACCUCGGCACCACACUGCCCACCGUCAAGAUGAUCGUGGAGGUCAGCAAGUCUGCAUGCGUCCUCACCACGCAGGCUGUCACACGGCUGCUCAGGUCCAAGGAGGCUGCUGCUGCCGUGGACAUCAGGACCUGGCCCACCAUCCUAGACACAGAUGACAUCCCGAAAAAGAAGGUAGCGAGCAUUUUCAGGCCUCCCUCCCCCGAUGUCCUCGCAUACUUGGACUUCAGCGUGUCAACCACUGGGAUAUUAGCGGGAGUGAAGAUGUCGCACGCGGCCACAAGCGCCUUAUGCCGCUCCAUAAAGCUGCAGUGUGAGCUGUACCCAUCGCGGCAGAUCGCCAUCUGCCUCGACCCCUACUGUGGCCUUGGUUUUGCCCUGUGGUGUCUGUGCAGUGUCUACUCGGGACACCAAUCAGUGCUGGUGCCCCCGCUGGAGCUGGAGAGCAACGUGUCCCUGUGGCUGUCGGCCGUCAGCCAGUACAAGGCCCGCGUCACCUUCUGCUCCUACUCUGUGAUGGAGAUGUGCACCAAGGGUCUGGGCGCACAGACGGGUGUCCUCAGGAUGAAGGGGGUAAACCUGUCAUGUGUGCGCACGUGCAUGGUGGUCGCCGAGGAGCGGCCCAGGAUUGCGCUGACCCAGUCCUUCUCCAAGCUCUUCAAGGACCUGGGCCUCCCGGCCCGUGCCGUAAGCACCACGUUCGGGUGCAGGGUCAACGUGGCCAUCUGCCUCCAGCCCAACAGGCUGGGAAAGCUGGCUGAGCAGGGCACAGCUGGCCCAGACCCCACAACCGUCUACGUGGACAUGCGGGCACUGCGCCAUGACAGGGUACGUUUGGUAGAACGGGGUUCUCCGCACAGCCUGCCAUUGAUGGAGUCUGGAAAGAUCCUCCCCGGCGUGAAGGUCAUCAUCGCACACACCGAGACCAAAGGACCCUUGGGAGACUCACACCUGGGAGAGAUCUGGGUAAGCAGCCCCCACAAUGCCACCGGGUACUACACGGUUUACGGGGAGGAGGCGCUUCAUGCUGACCACUUCAGUGCCCGGCUGAGUUUUGGAGACACACAGACCAUCUGGGCAAGGACCGGCUACCUUGGCUUCCUUCGGCGAACAGAGCUCACUGAUGCCAGUGGAGGGCGGCACGACGCACUGUAUGUGGUGGGGUCUCUGGAUGAAACUCUGGAGCUCAGAGGCAUGCGGUACCACCCCAUCGACAUUGAGACCUCUGUCAUCCGAGCACACAGGAGCAUCGCUGAGUGUGCCGUAUUCACCUGGACCAACCUGCUGGUGGUGGUGGUGGAGCUGGAUGGGCUAGAGCAGGAUGCCCUGGACCUGGUGGCCCUGGUGACCAACGUAGUGCUGGAGGAGCACUACCUGGUCGUGGGAGUGGUGGUCAUUGUGGACCCAGGGGUGAUCCCUAUCAACUCUCGGGGUGAGAAGCAGCGCAUGCACCUGCGGGACGGCUUCCUGGCUGACCAGCUGGACCCCAUCUAUGUGGCCUACAACAUGUGAGUGCAGCACACCAGCCCAGGUGCUGGAGAUGAAUGAGCCCCAGCAUCCAAGGUGUGAUGUGGGAAGACGCCGCAGAGCCCGCUCACCGGGACCCGCCCUUCCUGUGCUCUUACAGAUCCCGCUCAACAGUUCCCCGCAUCUCCUUUUAGAAAGCACUUCCUGAAUUAUUUAAAGAAAUAUUUUGAAUCUGCCAAGUACAUUUACAAAAACACGGAUGCUGGUAUUUUAACAGAUGGAGAGACAAGGAAAGGAAAGGAAAGGCCUGGCGUGGGCAUUGUGAGGAAUCACAGGCACCGAGGUUGUUCUCCGCUGUACUGCAAGUUUGCACUUUCUUUAGGCUAAAAAUAUAGUUCCUGAUUUUUAAAAUUCAGUUAUUUAUUCCCACUUCAAAUGACAAGUUCAUAUAUAGAAUUUACGGGAGAAACUUGAGACCAUUUACGGGGAGAAGCUUGAUUCUGGGAAGAUAGCAGAGCACAAACCAGCUGUCUCACUUCUGUUUCACAGGGAGGCUGAUGGAAAAAGGAAGCAAGCUGGACCCAUCCUCCCUGCUCACAGAGGGCACUGUGGUCACACACAGUGCCUCCUCUGCCAGUUUCUUUAUUGAAAGAGGUGUGCUGGCUGGCCACGGUGGCUCACACCUGUAAUCCUAGCACUUUGGGAGGCCGAGGUGGGCAGAUAACGAGGUCAGGAGAUUGAGACCAUCCUGGCUAACAUGGUGAAACCCUGUCUCUACUAAAAAUACAAAAAAUUAGCCGGGUGUGGUGGUGGGCGCCUGUAAUCCCAGCUACUCGGGAGGCUGAGGCAGGAGAAUGGUAUGAACCUGGGAGGCGGAGCUUGCAGUGAGCCAAGAUCACACUACUACACUCUAGCCUGGGUGACAGCGCGAGAUGCCAUCUUAAAAAAAAAAAAAAAAGGUGUGCUGCUUGUCAGCAUAUAUUGUCACGGACACUCAAUAAGUGCCAUUUUGGACUGUCAAGUUUAGAUGCUUUGUUUCAGAAAGAUAAGCCAGCAUUUAGUUUUAAAUCACUUUCCUGGUUUGUAACUUGAUGCUGUUUAGUUAAAUUGCUAGUUUUCCUAACACUACAAUAUUAAUUCUUCUCGUGGAAGUGUACUGAUUUAUUAUUUUUAUUCCAAGUCAGCAGAUUUGGAAGCAUUGUGGUAAAGUCUAAGGUUUUCAUAUCCAUAGUGCUGUUUGGUGAGUACCGGCAGUACAGUUGAGGGGAGCAGGGAACAGCUUUGCCUCGUAUUGAAGGUGGAGAUGGUUACAUUCUUCACUGCCUUUCGCAUUUUGAGUUGUGUGCCUAUAAAAUUUGGCCAAACCAUUUUAUUGUUUUGUUCAAACUUGACUAAGCUGAGUGAUCUAAAAUUAUACAGAAUCUAAAUCAAAGAAGAGAAUGUAAAGUCCUUUAGUUACUUCUAAGAAUUUGAAGUCAAGCACGAAUCUAAGAUAUAGAUUAUUUUUAUAUAGCUAAUUAAGAGUAUGUUAUGAAAUUGUUGGGUUUUUGGGGUAUUGAGGGUGGAAAAUUUUGUGAAUCAUGCAUGCUUCACAGAAACAACCAGGUUUUUCCAGAAUUAGUCUGGAUCAGUGCCUAACAAAGCUGUUAUUAAUUCUCCACACAUGAGACUGGCUAACUGGGCCAGCUCUCAUGUUUUACUCCUGUCUGGCUACAAAUAGCACUGUGCAUAGUAGCCCUGUUUCCCCAUGGUGUUGGACUGUGGUAAAGUAUGUUGUGACAUACUGGAAUUCUAAUAAUCCUGUUGUAAUUAUGUACAGAAUCUGUGUAACUUAUUGUUGACAUACAGAGGUUUGGGAAGUAGUCUAACGGACAUUCCUUACAAUAGAAUGGCUGGGAAGGGAAAGAAAAAAAAAAACAACUACCUAACUCCAAUCUUAAUGUUGUAGUUUUAUAGCAAACAAAAAUUGUCAACUUUUUGUAUUGAAAGGUCAGUGGUGGUAAGACAAGGUGUCUUGUAAAUUAAGAUUUUAAGAAGCGCAUUAAAAUGUUUUAGAAUUACUCUGGGAAUUCUGUAUAUCACACUAAAAUUUUUAUAUCAUUAUGUUAAUAAAAGUUGUUGACUUUGUAAUUCUGCAUUUUGAAAUGUGUGAAAAGGGUUUUUAAAUUACCCCGAAUAGGUUGUAUUUUAUUUUGCUUUUUUUUCUGACUAUAAAAGCAAUUAUGCUUAUAGCAUAAAAUCUAGAAAGCACAUUAAAGUAUAAAGAAAAUUAAAAUUUCUUAUAAUUCUACCUCUGAGUAAAUAGCAGCAUUCGUAUGUAACAUAAACCCUCUCAGGGAUUUAUUUUUUUCUUUUUAAAAAUUUUUUACAAAAUUAGGAUCAAGUGCUUUUUUAAGUAAUUUGCUUUUGUACUUAAUAAAUUAUAGACUUUUAAAUCUAUUACAUAUAUUCUUCUACAUGUUUCAAUGGCUGUAUUUUACAAGUGUGCCAUGAGUAAAUGUAGUAUUUGCUGUAUUGCUGUACAUCAGUGUUGUUUCAACAGGACUGCAGUGAGCCCAGAUGCACGUUUACACUGCCAUGAUUACAAUUACUGCCUUGGGCUCAGUUCUUAUAGGUAGAGUGAGUGGGUCAGAGUUCAUGCCAGGUGUGAAGCUUUGGGUACCUGCUGCCCUCCAGAAAGGCAGGAUGACAGCAUGGAAAAGGCCUCUUUGCAGAUGCCAAGCAUGUUGGCAAUGGACAUGUGCUCAAGAUUAAAAUAACUCUUUAACAGUUUGAUAGGCAAAUAAGUGUUGUGUCUGGUCAUGUUGAAUAUGUCCUCGUGUUCAUGGCCAUUUUUAGUUCUUACCUGAUGUAUUUUGAUCAGAUUUGGCAGUCCUUAUGGUCAAGUUUUUUCUUACUGACAUGUGGGAGUCUCUUUCUAUUAAGAAUUAUGACCUCCAUAUACUUCUUUCUUUUUCUUGUGGGUUAUUUGUAUUUUGGUUCUAUCUGUUUUAGUGCAGAUGGUUUUUUAGAUGUUAUAUUUAUGCAAACUGGUUAUUGUGUUUGAUUUCAGAUGAUGAAUAUAGCUGAUUUAUUUCAAAGUGGUUCUACUGGAAUGAUCAGCAUAAACCAAUGGGGAGGACAUGGCAGAGAAGUAACUAACCUCCAGUAUUCACCUGGUUCCUGCCACAGUGGUGGCCUUCAGCCUUCCAGGCUGUUCUAAAGAAAGGGCAAGAAGACCUGGUGCCACUGUGUCUUGCUGCCCGUGAAUAUCCUCAGUAAAUCAUGUGCAUGUUACUUGCCAUGUAAGAAAAAGAACAGGAGGAGGAAGCAUUCCCUUCCUAUCUGAGAUAAUGUUACAUAAAUUUUGGGUCCUAAAGGGUUAGGGAAGGCAUACUCUAUUUAAAUUGGAUACAGUAACAGUGUUGUAACACUGCAUGACAUUCAUCCUCUUGUGUGAUGUUCAAUUUCGGUAAUGGAGAAUUAAAAGGAAACUACAUGUAAAAUUUCAAAA